UUUCCAUGGUGGUUCUUUCUCGAUCCUUGAGGAUAAAAAGAUGUUAAAAUCCAAACCCCAUUUGACUAUCAAAUCUAGUUAGGAGAAAAACUUCAUCAAGGGCCCCUUUUUCAUCUUUCUCUUUCUUCCCAAUCAUUCAUUUACUCAUUACCCACAAAAACAACAACUAGAUUUGACUGAACCCAUUUCUUAUUUCAUUUCAAGAUGAAGCUCAAUAACACUAUCAUCCACUUCUUUCUACUUCUUUCUUGGUUUCAAUGCACAUUAAACAGUGAUAUACAAGCACUUCUAGCUUUAAAAUCAUCCAUUGAUCCAUCAAACUCUCUUCAAUGGUACCAAACAGAUUACUGCAAAUGGGAAGGUGUUAAACAAUGCUUAAACGGCAGAGUCUCAAAACUUGUUCUUGAAAACAUGAACUUAACCGGCACAUUGAAUUCAACUACUCUUAUUCAACUCGACCAGAUUCGUGUUUUGAGCCUCAAACAAAACUCAAUCUCCGGUCAAAUCCCACAACUUUCCGGCUUACAAAACCUCAAAUCACUCUAUCUUUCGUACAACAACUUUUCCGGCGAGUUUCCGGCGUCCCUCACCACCCUUCACCGCCUCAAAACCAUCGUGCUUUCCGGUAACCAUCUUUCCGGCGUUAUUCCAGAUUCUAUUCUCAAAGUAAAAAGAUUGUAUGUUCUUUAUUUGGAUGAUAAUAGAUUCACCGGAAAAGUCCCACCGUUGAACCAGACCGGUCUCCGGUACUUGAAUUUGUCAAAUAAUCAACUUUCCGGCAAAAUUCCGGCGACCCCUGUGUUGGUUAGAUUCAACUCGACGUCAUUUUCCGGUAAUUCAGACUUAUGCGGCAAUGCGUUUAAUAUUCCGUGUGGUUUCGCUCCGUCUCCGGCCACCGCCGCUCCAUAUCGGAGAUCUCACCGUCACCGGAGAAUUAGGAAUACAGUUAUAAUAGCAGGUUGUGCUGGUGGGGUUUUGUUAUUAUGUAUUUUAAUUGCAUUGUUGUUAUCAAUAAUGUGUUGUAAAAAGAGUCAACAAAAGUCAACGGAAUUUAGUGUGAAAGGAGAAAAAGUGGCGUCAGUGGGUGACGGUGGUGGCGGCGUCGGUGAUGGUGGGGAAGGUGGGUUUACGUCAGAAGGUGAUGACAGCGGUGUGGUGGGGAAACUGGUGUUUUUCGACAGCGGAGAAGGGGUGGAAACGGGUUACAGUUUGGAGGAUUUGUUAAAAGCGUCGGCGGAGACUUUGGGAAGAGGCACUCUUGGAAGUACGUAUAAAGCUAUAAUGGAAUCCGGGUUUAUUGUGUCGGUGAAACGGUUGAAAGAUGCAAGGUAUCCAAGUGUAGAGGAGUUUCGAAGACACGUUGAUGUUAUCGGACGGUUGAGACAUCCGAAUGUAGUGCCUUUACGGGCUUAUUUUCAAGCUAAGGAGGAACGCUUGCUCGUAUAUGAUUACUUCUCCAAUGGUAGUCUUUUCUCGCUCAUCCACGGAUCAAGACCAUCAAGUGGUGGGAAGCCUCUGCAUUGGACAUCAUGCCUAAAGAUCGCGGAGGACCUGGCUACCGGACUUUUAUACAUCCACCAAAACCCCGGCCUCACCCACGGAAACCUAAAAUCUUCCAACGUUCUCUUAGGCUCCGAUUUCGAAUCCUGCCUCACCGAUUACUGUUUAACGCCAUUCACAAACCCUGAUUUCCCCGAAGAACCAAGCGCUACUUCCCUCUUCUACCGCGCCCCAGAAUGUCGUGACCCACGAAAACCAGUCACCCAACAAGCAGACGUCUACAGCUUCGGCGUCCUUCUCUUGGAGCUUCUCACCGGUAAAACACCGUUCCAGGACCUUGUUUUGGAACAUGGGUCGGAUAUACCCAAAUGGGUCAAGGCUGUAAGAGAAGAAGAAACAGAAUCGGGUGAUGAGCCAACGUCCUCUGGGAAUGAGGCGUCUGAGGAGAAACUCACGGCUCUUUUGAAUAUCACCAUGGUGUGUGUUUCGCUUGUCCCAGAAAAUCGACCGGUAAUGAAGGAGGUGUUGAGGAUGAUCAAGGAAACUAGAGCAGAAGCAGCACAUGUGUCUUCUAAUAGCAGUAGAGCAGAAGCAGCACAUGUGUCUUCUAAUAGCAGUAGAGCAGAAGCAGCACAUAUGUCUUCUAAUAGCAGUGAUCAUUCUCCAGGAAGAUGGUCAGAUACUGUUCAGAGCUUGCCCAGAGAUGAAGAUUUGAGCAUAUGAUUUAGGAUUUUAUUUAAUGAGAUUUGGUUGGUCUAUUUGUGUAGAAGGGAUUUAUUUGUUUUUUCAAUUCUUUAUUGGGAUUGUUUGCUACUGUAAUUGUGUGAUAAUCUUUAUCAACUACAGAAUGAUUUAAGAGAUGAUGAAUUGAUAAGUUUUA